AUGGCAGAACAGCCGGGACCUAGCCGUCCCCCGGACACGGGACAGUCCCUGGGAGCUGGAAGACCCCUGGAGCUGCCAGAAAGUGAGCUGUUAUUCCUCAUCGCAAGAUAUCUUUCAAAUGGACCAUGCCAAAAAUCGGCACAGGUGCUUAUACAGGAGAUCAGUGACAAAAAGCUUCUACCCAAGAGAGCUGAUUGGCUCGGUAAUGAACACGAGCGAACCUUUGACGAGAUGCUUACCAUCAAUCACUGUUUGGCGCCAAACCAUCUCCUGAACAUGUGCCAACAUCUAACAUCUGUCCUCGACAAGGAGAUUCCAUCAAACCUGCCAAAAACCAGCUCUUUCCUUGGCGUUGGAAAGCAGUCGGCUCUGCGCACCAAAGAUGUUCACUGGAACAGUCAGUGGAACAGCCGUAAACUGGCCGCUCUUCGUGGAGGAAAAUCCUUCAAGAUGCCUCUUAAUAUCAAAUGUCCGCCAAACGUUGAGGAGGUACAUCGCAGCAAACACUUAACCGGCGCUCUCAACUUCAAUGCCGCCGUUCCUGUGAGCAUGUACAACCGCCUGGCGAUGCAGAAGAAGAUUCUCGGGCACGUCUCUGCCGUGUACUGCGUUGCGUUUGACCGCACCGGAAGACGAAUUAUCACCGGUUCCGAUGACUACCUGCUGAAGAUCUGGUCGGCAACGGACGGACGCCUCAUUGCGACUUUAAGGGGACAUUCUGCUGAAAUCUCUGAGAUUGCUGUAAACUACGAGAACACCCUCAUCGCAUCAACCAGCUGCGAAAACAUCAUCAGAGUUUGGUCCCUCAGGACUUGCUCCCCGGUCGCUGUACUUCAGGGUCAUUCAGGUUCUAUAAAUGCACUUAUCUUCAGCCCCUUGGUGAAAGGCUCAGUCAGAUACCUGGUGUCAGCCGGGGGCGAUGCAACAAUUUGCCUUUGGCAGUGGGAUGUCAACAGUUUACAGUUCAAUCCGCAUCCUUUGAAAUUUAUUGAAAGAUCUGGACCAGGAGCCCAAAUCCUUUGCUGCUCCUGCAGCUCUGGGGGUAUGUUCCUGGCUGCUGGCGGAAGCGAUCACGCCAUUAGAGUUUACUAUUUUGGUUCCAAAGCUCCCGAGAAGAUCACAGAGCUUGAACAACACUCGGAUUUUGUUGACACCAUCCAAUUCUCAAACCAUGGAGCGAGGUUUGUAAGUGGCAGCUCUGAUGGAACAGCGCUGAUCUGGAAGCGAGAGAAACACGGAUGGAACAGCAUUGUUCUGGAUAUGAUAGAAAGCCUCGGUGAACGAUGCGAAGAGGACAGGUUUAUGAAGCAAAAGGUUUUAACGCUCGCUUGGACUUGCUCAGAUAGUAUGAUCAUCGCAGCCACGAGCACUCAUUUUUUGAAGGUUUGGGAUUCGCUGAACGGAAACCUGCUUCACGUUUUGACCGGUCACCAAAAUGAUGUUUAUGUGCUGGAGCCUCAUCCGAAUGAUGAACGUAUUUUGUUAUCAGCUGGGCAUGACGGAAACGUGUUUUUAUGGGACAUUGAAAAGGGCGUGACGGUGAAACGCUACUUUAACGAGAUUCAAGACGAAGACGACGGCUUCGGAGCCAUAUUGGAUUGUAAAUUUUCUCCUGACGGACAAUACUUAGCCGCUGGGGACUCGCAUGGACGCGUCCUGUUUUUUGCCUUUGGUUGCAAUUCACCAUACGCAAAGGUUCCAGAUCAAAUGUUUUUUCAUACCGACUAUCGCCCACUAUGUCAAGACGACAGGAACUUUGUCCUCGAUGAGCAGACCCAGUUGGCUCCCCAUCUUAUGCCACCACCAUUCCUUGUGGAUCUGGAUGGAAAUCCCUACUCACCAUCACUUCAGCGCCUGGUACCUGGCCGGGAAAACUGUGUAGAGGAGCAUUUGGUCCCCUUGAUGGGAUAUGUUGAAACACGCUCUGGGGAGAUAGCGGAACAAGUCGUCGAUCAGCUGAUACACAAUGAAAAUAACCAGACAGAGCUACAGCAAAGAGGGUCUAGGAGUUCCCCUGUGCCGGAGCGGUUUGCUUGGAAAAAUCGCGUUGUAACACCAGCUUUACCCAGCGCAGAAUACAAAAAGCAGGAGCAAUACAGAACUGCCAAAGGUGAGGAUGAGAAAGUGGACUUUGAAAAACAUCUACCACCUGAUAAGAAUGAUUGCAAUGGCUACAACAAAAGAGUUUAUGCAAAACCCAUGGCCUGCAACGACUCGCAAAUGGACAUUAAUGUCUACUCCAGCGACGACGUUAGCAGUGAGGAUGAGGCAAGUGUCUUACUGGAAACAUCGCAUGCAUCGUUUUGCUUUUUGUUAUAUGCAUUGACGUGUAAAAUAUCAAUUACAACGGACUGGGCCUGGCUUGUGAAGAAUGAAGGAAAACACCUUCUGUCCCUUUUAAUAAUUCGAACUUUGGGUUUUUCUUGUGCCGCCAUUGAGUUAAUCCUGGUGUCUGGCUUGUGCCGUGCCGCUGGGUCUACUCGCCCUCCCUUAAGCCUGUUAUAUGAACCAAGCAACAUCUCAAGUCCGUCAGUGGCAGAGGAGGAGGAGGAGGAGGAGGAGGACGAACACACAAAUGAAACUAACGCAAGGAGUGAUUCAUCAAGUGAAGACGAGAUCCCAAUAAUUUACCACCCACCACUGUGGAUCACAGACACCAUGCCUCACAGAUCCCCCUUUGUACCCCAAAUAGGAGACGAGGUGGUCUACUUCCGCCAGGGAUACGAGGCAUACCUCAGUGCUGCCGAUAGCCUUAACAUCCCCAUUUCAGACUCCGCGUUCCUUCAGCCAUGGAAGGAAAUGCCACUCAGGGAACAAGAACUGGUUAAAAUCAUCGAGGUCCAUUAUAUAGUUGGUCCUCCCACCCUGUGCCACUUAAAACUUGCACUGAUGGACCCUGCUACGGGGAGCCUUACAGAUAACGCCUUCUUCAUUAGAUAUCACGACAUGCCGGGUGUGAUUGACUUUCUUGUUCUGCGCCAGUUUUACGAACGUGCCUGCAAAAGAUCUUGGCAGUCUUCGGACAGAUUUCGUUCUGUGAUCGAUGAUGUCUGGUGGUUUGGAACAGUGUUAAGUCAAGAUGCGUAUCACGAGGAUUACCCGGACAGCCCUUUCCAAUCAUAUACUGUGAAAUGGGACAACUCUGAAAUUGAAACACUAAGUCCAUGGGAUAUGGAUGUUAUACCUGAUGAUGUUGUGCAGCCUCAAAUACGGGGAACUAGUAUUUCUGUAACCACCGAAGAGAUGAGUAACUUACUAUACUGUCCCCAAGAGGCCGAAUGGGGCCAUGGAGGUCAAGAUGGCGAAUGUGAUCGGGUUGUUUGUGGUAUUGAUCAACUACUCAGCCUCGAAAUUGCCAAGUAUUUUGCUGCCCCUGUUGACUUGAACAUCUACCCAACGUAUUGCAAGGUGGUGGCUUAUCCUACAGAUCUCGGCACGAUUCGGAUGAGACUAUUGAACCGCUUUUACAGGAGGGCUGCAGCUUUAAUAUGGGAAGUAAGACACAUCGAGCUGAACGCCCGGACCUUCAAUGAACCAGACAGUUAUAUCGCCAUGUCCGCAAAGGAGGUCACAGACCUGCUUAUUCAUUUCAUAUUGGACAGUAACCGCAUUGAUAUUAAAGACAUGCGCAAGACUACUGAAACAGACGAGCCAAACUUGAUUGAUGAUUGUUGCUCUAACCAGCAAUGGAACUCAUGCGAUGAAGAAAGCGACUUUUCGCCAGCGUCUUCUUCGCUACGACGCGCCUCAAGCCGGCAAAUCCUUUUCUCCAGCGAGGACAGUUCCAGCAGCUCCUCUGAAGAGAGUCCCCGCGGAGCUUCACCUGAUAACGUAGCCACAGCGUCCAGCAAAUGCAGCCAAGAGGAGUCUGGACAAUGGCCCUCUGACUCAGACGCCAAAACCGAUUCAUCUACCUCCGAUUCUGCCAAUUUCUCGCUCUCGUCGUCUUCCGCCAGUACCAGCUCCGGAAACAGUGACAAGGGAUCCAAAACCAAGAAAAAUAGACGUACCAGCAAUAAAACCGCAUCUCAGGCCAAAACCAAGACGCAAAAGAAAUCUUGGAAGAAAUCUAGUGGUUGUUCCGAUGCCUCUGUGUCCCCCGGCAAAGUCUGCAAACAGACCAAAGGAAGUCCAAAGAAAACUCUGCGAAAAAGUGCGGCUCUGGCCGCUAAUAAGAUCAAAUGCAUGAGUGACGGAGACGGCGCUUCCAGUUCAGAUGGCAAGGAAAGCAACACUUUUAGGACUGUACCUCUCCGUACGGCUGCAGCCGUAGCCAUGAAACGUCUCUGUGAUCUUGAGCAAGAGGAGAGCACAAAGAGCGACAGCGAGUCGGACGUCGGGACUCUGGAGGAUGUUGGCGAACCACCGUCAGAAAUGUCAGAAAGCACGGCGUCGAAGAGAGAGAAUACUCCUUUAGUCAUCUCUGAUGAAGACUCUUCCCAAAGUCCAACCUACACCGAGCCUCGGCAGUCUCGUGGAAAUAAUAUCUACUCAGAGUCAGAGUCUGAUUCCGAGCCUGUUGUAAAUUCCAAGAGACAGAGGAAAGCGCUUCAACAACUAAGCGAUUCCACCUCCGACUCAGAAAGUGACUGGAGCGCUUCUUCUAAGUCUUCUGAGUCUGCAGAGAAGGCCUCAGAAACGGACGAAUCCCAAAGCCGUUCGGACUCCGAGUCGGAUGAUAACUCUGACAGCAAAACAAAUGGAAAACUGCGCACUAAAUUAAAAAAGCUGAAAAUGGUCAUUUGGUACGACGACGAUGACGACGACACCACAGAUCGUGGGCAAGACAAGAAACGCACUCAGUCUUCUGAGAACCAAGAAGAUAAAAUCAGAAUCCUUCUGCCUCGUACGGCUUCGACAAAAGCUAAGAAGAGGCUUGUGGAUGACGCUCAAACUGAGGAUGAUUCCAGUAGCAGCGAUUCGGAUACUUGUGUUCCUUCCAUGAAAAAAACAAGAAGCGAAUGUCCUCGUUCUCCAUCACCAGCUGGCACUGGGCGAGGACUCGCCGAAUCGGAUUCUUCCCUUUCCGAUUGGAAUCCACGUAACAACUUAAAGCGGAAACUCAGCGCUCCGUCGCGUGACCCGAAAAGGAAACGCUGCAUCGAUGAUUGAUGGGAGACGCAGAACGGGAAGUAACGGAAGAACAGGCUGGCGAGAAUGGGCGCCACUUAUUUGAUUCUCUCGGUGCUAUUAGCCAUUGAACACAAAUUUGCACAAAUGUGCUUUGUUUACAGACUUCUCUUAACGUUGAGGUAAUUUGUAGGUUUCAAAUUAUAUAAAAAAGAGAUGUAUGCGUUCCGGAGACGUUUAAUACAACCUUCUGUUCCUCAAACCUGAUCAGGGAUGUUGCUUCCUAUUGGUACAUAUUGAUGGCAAUUAUUUCAACAAAUUUGUUUAAACCCCCCCUAUAUUUAUAAUGUUUAUGUAUAAUACAUUUAAUAUAAAAUGAAAAUGCUUAAUAUAUUAUUUUUUUUGCUAAUACAGCAAGCUGCUUUCCAGGUUCCGUAGGUCAAAAUCAUAAAGCCGUUCAGAAAGUGUCCUUAAAGAGGGAAAGAUGUAACGUAAACUUUAUCCUUUAUUUGAAAUGCGUCAGCGA